CGGCCUCUUGCGCAGACGACGUGAAACCAGUACGGAGGAGACCACUGACACAAUGGCGGAACCUCUGCCUUCGGCCACACAAGCAGCCAAAGCUGACAGCGCUUCAACCGCGCCCGAUGACCUUCCCGCCAACGCUGAAGAUCGCGCCGCUGCAGUCGCUCUCUCUUCUCUCAACACCACCACCGCCGCAGCCACCGAGGAUGCACAGACGGGGGUUGCUCUCCCCUCGAAAGCCGACCAGGAGGCGCUGGGCAAGGCAAUGAGUCGGCUGGAGGCUCUUGCGAGUGCGACUGGGAAGGCUGGGGCCAGCGCUCCUGCGGCCACCGGUGCAACGAAGAAAGAUACAACUCCCACCGGAAAGAAGGAGGAAGAGAAGGUUGUCAAGAAGCCUGCAGUGAAGGUCAAGGCGGAAGAUGUCAACAUGUUGGUUGAACAACUUGAUCUUGCUAAACCAAAAGCUAUUGAACUGUUGAAGACACAUGAAAACGACCCUAUCAGGGCCUUGCGUGCGUUUAUAAUGCCGCCUACAUCUCCUGCGUGAAGUCCGCCAAACCUUGCCUUGUUUAAGAGCAGCUUCGGAUACUCGGGAGGUUUUGGACUGCAUAUCUUUCCAGGCCAUAUGGAUGUAAAGCGUUGAAGUGCUCUUGUGACAUUAAGGAAGUAUGCUUCAAAAAGUAUGAGGAUCCACCAGGUUAUCUCUCCAUUGCCACCCCACAAUCCACAGAGAAUGCUCGGCGAUUAAAGCACUGGCUUCGGAUUUAAUAGCAUAUAUGCGCGGAUGUAUGUAUGUAUGUAUGUAUGUAUGUAUGUAUGUAUGUACAUAUAACCUGGAUUGGAUAUAUGUGUGGAUCACAUAUACCAAAACAUGCGAUCACAAAAUCAGACGUCUUUGACAGGGUAGUCAAAACCAAAAGAUCACGUUCAGGUGGGCACGGCAUUCCCCUGCGAUUGUGUUCAUUGAGACGGAGAAUGGUGUGUUUUAUCUCCGUUUCCUUUCUCCGUAUUUCCCUCAAAUAUGGUCCAAGUAAGAGCCCAAUUGAGUAUCGCUAUCAAAGCUAGCGCCCACCAGACACCUCCCACAAUGUUAUUUUUCAACCCCAGGCCCAAUCCCCAUCCAGCAAGUAGCGGGCCUACUGCUCUUGCACCGCAUGCGACACUCUGCGCUACACCAUGUACGGUGGCUAGGACGCUGGGAUCAGGCACAGAGUUAUUAACCAGGAUAACAGUCGCCGGAAUAGAAAAUGUCCUCGAAAUGACCUGCAGGAAUAUCACAGCCGACAAGGCAGGCCAGAUGACAUACGAUCGAUCUGGUAACAGGACGAGAAAAGGUGCCAAUGAGUAGGCCAGAGGAGAAAAGGGUAAAAAUACCCUGAAUGCUCUCAACGUGCCGAGGCGGAACUGCCAUCGCGGGUAGACGAGUAUCUGGAAUGGCAGACCGAUGAUUCCAAUUAUGGCGGUUGCUAGGCCGACGCGAGAGCUGGGCAUCCCUAGACCGCCUCCGAAGAGGAAAAGACCCUCGCGGCUGUUUGGAGCGCGGGGCGCC